AUGAGUUUCCCUACAGGCAUUUCUGCAUCCAGGAAGCAUUUCUUCCUUCCAGUGUAUUCCUUUCAUGUGCUGAGAUUCUAUUUGACAGUGCUUCUACUGUGCACUAUGGCAUCUGCAUGUCCCAAGAGCUGCUUGUGCACAGAUAGGAAUAGCCUGGUGGUGGUGCAGUGUUCUUCCCGCAACCUUGAGACUAUCCCUUCCGAUCUACCGCAUGACACCGUCGCUCUGCUGCUCUCUUCCAAUCAAAUCACCAAGAUCACUGGCCAGGCUUUUAAACACCUCCCUCACCUGCAAGAGCUUGAUUUGUCCCACAAUGCCAUUGACAGUGUAGAUGGUAAUGCUUUUCAGGGCAUCUCUGAGACCCUGCGGAUGCUUAAUCUGUCCCACAAUCGCCUACGUGGGGUACCCAAGGAGGCCUUUGCACGACUCCAUGCCAAGAUUGGCUUGGCUAACAAUCCAUGGCACUGUGAAUGCAUGCUACAGGAGGUGCUGCGGGAACUGGAACUCGACCCUGAGACUGCCAGUGAGGUGAGUUGUCAUACAGCUGUGCAGGAUGAGUAUGCAGGCAAGCCUGUCAUUCAGGUCCUAGACUCUGGCAUCAACUUCUGCAAUUUUCAUCACAAGACGACUGAUGUGGCCAUGUUUGUGACCAUGUUCGGCUGGUUCACCAUGGUGAUUGCUUAUGUAAUUUACUAUGUGCGGCACAACCAAGAGGAUGCCCGCAGGCACUUGGAGUAUCUCAAGUCUCUGCCAAGCACUUCCCAAAUUAGCAAAGACUUGGACACCAUAAGUACUGUUCUGUAG